AGCGGCAGGACUGAGAGCUCUGUUUAUUGGAAACUAAAUGGCAGCGAAGCAUUUUAACCGUUUCAAGCAACUGGCAGGAGAGAAGCUCUCAGUUCGAGAGAAGUCAGACCGAUUGACGUCAAGCUUAAGUGAGGCGGAGAAGAAAGUGGAAGAGAUUCGUAGCAGCUGUCAAUCAGUAAUAAAGAGAUUGCAUGCAUGUAAUCAAGGUUCUGGUAGUACAUUUGAGAAACAUCAGAAAAAGUUGCCACAUUAUGCAUUAGGAGUAAGUAUGAUGGAGUCAGCAACUUCAAUGGAAGCUUCUGUUUUAUCAAAUAUUUUAAAGGAAGUAGGCCAAGCUCAGUUAGAUAUAUCUAGUCAUUUAACAGAGUAUGAAAUGGCUAUGGAAAAUGAUAUAAUUCAGAAUAUUAAUUCUAUAUUAGAAGAGUGUAAGAAAGUUGACAAAGCAAAAAAGAAACUUUCUUCUGCUCGACUCGAUAUGGAUGGAACUAGAAAUCGGUAUCAGUCUAUUCAAGACAAAUUUUCUCCCAGAGCAGAAACAGUGAAAUCAGAACUUGAUCAGGCAAUAUCUCACUUUGAACAGUGCCAGGACACUUAUGCCACAGAACUUUUUUCAUUCUUAAGUAAAGAAAGAGAAUUAGCUGAUUUAAUGCAUAAAAUGACUGUUCUUCAAAUUACACAUCUGAAAGAAAAACUCAAUGUGUUAGAUGAAAUACUACCACGCCUAAAUAAGACAUUAGAUGUGAGUGCUGAACGUCCAGCUUUUGGUUUCUGUUUAUUGGAUCAUCUUAAAUUGACUGAAAGGACCAUCUCUUAUGUUAUAGAAGAAUGCUGUUUAGAAUUAAGGAGACGGGGAAUGAAAAUGGAAGGGAUAUUCAGACUUGCUGCUAGUGCUGCUAAAUUGAAACUUCUUAAAAAUGCGUUUGAUGCUGCCUCUGCUGACGUCUCAACUCAUGAUCCACAUACAGUCGCUGGUGCAUUGAAGCAAUAUUUAAGAGAACUACCGGAUCCUAUAUUAACGCACGAACUUCAUGCUGAUUGGGUUGCUGCCGCCGGAGUUGCUAAUGAAGGUGAGCGAAUGCAACAGUUAUGGUCUGUAACACAAAACCUUGCUCCUGAGAAUCGAGAAAAUUUGAGGUAUUUGAUGUGGUUCUUACAUGAUCUUUCAAAAUACCAUGAACACACUAAAAUGAAUGUGAACAACAUUGCAAUUGUUAUUGGUCCUAAUCUUCUGUGGUCUAAAAAUGAGACAAUGCAAGGACUGGUUGGAGAAACAGCUCUGUAUACAAGAAUAGCAGAUUGUUUUGUUAGGCAUCCUUCAUAUUUCUUUGGUGACCCUCCUGCUUUACCUGAUGAUUUAGCUUCACCUGAUGUAAAAGAGGAGCCUCCAUUGUUUUCACCAACAAAUGAGCCAAGCACUCCUGUUAGUAAUGAAGACUGUGAUUUUGAACAAGCUCCCACUGAUCCUGGUGAUUUAGAACAGCAAGACACUUCAUCACUAAAUAAACCUCAUGCUCUGCCUAUUACUACUGAAGAAAGACCUACUCCUCCUGCACGGAGAAAUAGAAGCAUAAAGAGGCAGCAACCGCAACCAGAUGCUAGCCCUAUACCUUCGUCUCCAAAAACACCAACUGGUCGUCCUUCGCGUCCUGCCCCUCAGCCUCCUCCUAGUCGUAGUAAAGCUCGUCCUCCACCUCCAUCACCACCACGUGAAAAAUCAUCCCCAGCACUUCUGAAAGAAAAGCCAUCACCUCCACCUCCUUUCAAGCCAAAGGACUCUUCGGUUGAUGAAGAAACAGUGCUCUGAUACAUAAUGUACGUAACUAUACUUUCUUUGUUAUUUAGUGCACUAGUGGAAGAUGUGACUUUAUUUCAAUUUUACCAUUAAGUUGUUGUGUUCAGUGUUCCUGUUAUUGAUUAUUAAUUAUUAUUAUUAUUUUAUUUAAUGAUUAUACUAUCCAGUAUCCAGAAAUAAA